GAUUGGCACCGACAGAUAAUCUGGUAUACAUACAUAUGCAGGUAUUUUGAUCAUUGGAGAGUUUUGUUGUUACUUUGAAACGUCUUAGCUACCAGAGUUUAUUUAUAAUCGUAGAAACGCCGACGGAUGAUGACAAACUUGCGAUGAAUUACCAAACUUUGCAGAGGAUAUUUCGAAACUUAUUGUGAUUCCUUCUUCUCGUGAGAAAAAAGGAUAAAAACUUAUUGUUCUUAGUUUCUUGUGUAUUCUGUAAAAGAAAAUUUGAAUUUUAAGGAUCUGUUGUGUUUAAAAUGAGUAGACAUAUGCACAAACGGAAAUCUCUUCCUGAACGGAGAAAUUUCCAGGAAAAAUCUUUACCAGAUAUUAUUAAGCACCAUGAUAUAUACUUCAAUGAUGAAAAUGACAGUCACUCUGCACCAAAUUCCCGCUCAAAUUCUUUCCGCUCCAAAACAAAGCCAGAAGUAAAAGUUCUUCAUGUAGAUGUUGGUAAUCAAAGAAGGAAUAGCGAACCGAGUACACCGCUUCCAAUAGAUUCGUUGUCUGUUCCUGGACAGGAUGAUAAUAUUUUGGUUAAAGUAAGAUCAUUCAAAACUACACGUAAAGGUAUUGUUAGUCGCGGAGACUCUUUCAGGAGGCAAAGCAGAGGCAGUAUUACAAAUCUUACUGCUUCAAAAUCUGACAAUGCACUUUAUAAGACACAAGAUCAGCCAUCAACGAAGACAAAAAAUGGACUCCUUGCUGCGCCAUCAAGAGGUACAGAAACACCGCAUAGCAAUUGUUACAAAGUUGCAAUUAUUGGAGCAGAUGGUGUAGGGAAGACUGCUCUUACUAAACAGUUUCUAUCAUCAGAAAGCAUGUUCUUCAAUGAUAGCCCAGGAGGACAUAUCGAUGAACCAAACCAUAUCACAGUUAUCAUAGAUAAAGAGGAAACAACCAUUGAAUUCGUAGAUACAGAGGAAAGAGUAGACAUAUCAGUUUGCAGUGCCUGCGAUGCUUUUAUUAUUGUUUAUUCCGUACAAGACAUGCAUUCGUUUAACUAUGCCAAGCACAAGUUACAUACCUUACGACAUAAUCUAGAGACAGACAGAGUCUGCAUUCUUGUAGCCAACAAAGUUGAUCUUGUCCGAAAACGACGCGUGACUACAGAUGACGGAAGAGCUGUUGCACAAAAGUAUACCUGCAAAUAUAUUGAAACGUCAGCAGGUUUGAAUUUGAAGGUCGAUGAUCUGUUAGUUGGUAUUGUGAGACAAAUAAAACUCAAAUUGAAAAAUGACCUUGAGAGUAAAACUCUUCCAAGAGUUCAAAAGCCUGAAUCUGAACAACAGAAAGAUCAAAAAGGGUUCUUCAAACGCUUAUUUCGAAAGAAACAAAAGAAGACAUCAUGCAGCAACAUGACUCAGCUAUAAAAUCUGCAUUUUAUUCAGAAAUGACUUUGGAUUAAGUCUUUGAGAACAAUAGUGAUGCCAGUGAACGGAAAAUAUACCAAAACUUAGGGGACGAC